GGAUGUAACUGCACAGCCCCGUCGCAACUCAUGGAGGCUGCAUUUGGAAGUUGACGUGUGUUUCAGAUGGUGCGGAAGCCCUUGCCGGACUACUAUGCUGCCUUGGAGAUUCGCGAGGAAGCCGAUGAAGUGACCAUCAAGAAGGCUUACCGACGCCUGGUCCUCCAAUGGCAUCCUGACCGAAAUCCUGCAGACCGCGAAACUGCUGAGGAAAAGAUCCGAUUGCUAAAUAUUGCAUACGAGACCGUAACCAAUCCAAUCAAGCGUGAAACCUACGAUCUGCAGCGAGCAGCAUCCAGUAGGAAGAGCAAGGCAAAGCCACGAUCGGCUCCGAGAGUGGAAGUCCCCAAAGAGUUUAUGAUGACACCUCUCGGAUAUCCGGAAUGCUUUGUCCGAAGCCUUGGCAGGCGCGUGGUGGUGCACUCGAGGAGCGACGACCCAGAGUCGAACUUCCAGAGCUUCUUCGCGAGCACCAAGUUGGCACUAUGGUGGCUCCCGGAGGUGAACAACAUGUGUCGUAUUCGGAAGUUGGGCUCCAAAGCCCGCGGGGACAAGCGGGGUGCAGCAGCAGGCCGGGCUGGCGGAUUGAACAUGGCCUUCGACCCGCAGAAGGCCAAGACUGCUGGCGCUGAAGGUAGUGAAGUCCGUAUGGCACCUGCAAACAAGGGUCAGAAGGCCGACAGCGUAAACUUUGUGACCAAGGCGAGUCCCACUUGCGAAGGAGCGCUUCGUUUCGAGUCAGCCAGUCAAAGAGGGCAGUACCUAGCCUUUUUCCCUCCCUCACAUUUGAGAGUGGUUCCUUUCCUGGAGGAAGCUGAGGACAGAGUCUUGGAUUUCCUCUUCGUCGAUUUUGCCAGCAUGUUCAAAUUCAUCACUUUGGAAGAGGUGUUGCAGCCCAUUUUCAGCGCUGAAGAAGCCGGUGUGUGGAUUGAACUGGCAAAGUUGCAAGAUGACGAGGCGGUCAAGAGCCACUUUAAAGAGGUGAUGGGCAAGGACGUUUGGGAUGUAGAAGAUUUCCAGGCGUAUUUUGAAGGGCAUUGGGCAACCUUUGAGUACAACGCCGAGGAAAAGAAGGCGCGCAUGAGGCCAAAGCAAGAGAGGCUUGCCAAGCAGCUGCGAGCUACUCCAAAGGCUGAGGAGGUGGUGGCAGCUGUAGCCAAGACAGAUGAGAGUGAGCUGCAGCGCUUGCCGGUCGGUGCCCUUGCUCGAGCUCUGACGGCUCUUGCCAAGGCCUCCUCAACGGAUGGAGAGGCAGGCGAAGCAACCUCAGCGCAGAUUCAGCUCUUAGCCGCUUUGCGCGCUGUUGGGAAAGGUGAGGAGGAGAAAUGUGACAUUCCGGCCUUCGAACUCCUUCAUAGUGCGGAGAAAGUGCUGGAUUUGGGAGGUGACAACCCCGAUGACACUGUCCUGGUGCAGCGGAGCGCUGCUGCCCGGAUUUUGGCAAACAAGGCUCUGAAAAGUGCCUCAGCCAUAGAGGGAGGGAUGGUCGAAGCAGGCUUCACCUUGCCUGAUGUGGUGAGGUUUCUCCUUUUACCCGGAGCUGCUGGGCGUGAUUUGCUGCUGGCAACCUCCUGCGUGAAGUUGUUUGAGGGGCGAAGCAUACCAGAGCAGAGAGAGGUGCUGCGCACUGCAAAGUCCAGAGGCAGCACCAACACAGCGGCAGCUGCAGGGACUGCACUGCUGAAAAGCCUUGGUGGAGGAGGUCCGGGGGACCAUGUUGCAGCACCGGAUGCACAUGUGGAGAUGGUUGCGGAAGUCGCUGAAUGUGGUGUAAGGCUGCCUGCCGCCACUGCACUUUUGAGGCGCAUGGCAGCCACUGCAAACCCUUUGAAAUUGGCAGAGGCUCUUCUAGCAUUAGCUUCCCGCGUUGGCCCUGGCCAGGCUGAAGACAUGACUCAUAUUGCGGAGUCCUUGGCCAGCAAGGGCGCAUUCGGGAACUUUCCCAUCAAAACAAUCCUUGAGACAGUGCUGGCGUCUUCCAAAGAUGAUACACUGGCAGCCCUAGUUGUACCCGCGGCAGCUGCAGCAGCCAAUGUGCUCACACACUGGCCUUUUGAGGAGAUGGUGAAGCUCCUGUUGGGCUUGGCCCGCCGGCAUGCGCUCCUCACUCCGGAGGUUGAUGAUAGCCUGCGCAAAGCAGCAGAGAAGUGCUUCACUCAAGAGCAGCUUCAGCUAUUCAGUCCCAACGAUUUGGCUGGCGUGGUUUUGGCCACAUUGGGCCACGGCUGGUCUACCUUGCAUACAGUGUCAGUGCAAGAGCUCCUUCGGAGAUUGCCGCAUUUUCCAGCGAAAGAGCUCCUCAUGGUGACACCGCUGAUGUUGCAGGCGCACAGCACUGAGCUGAUCACGGCUUGGCCCAAGGUACUCGCAGCCCCAACAGCGUCGAAAGAGGCACGAUCUUCCACAGAGCCAUUGUCAGUGGACCAGUUGGUUCAAUUGGCUCGCCUUUUUCAGACUGAGGCCACAGCAACCAAACUUUUGGAGGAUCUUUCUGAACGUCUCCUUCCCAAGGUGACAGAGCUCUCGGCUUCUGGUCGGUCAGCAUUGUCGGCACAGCUCAAAAGCAAGAGUGGUCUGGGUGCAACUGCGAAGCAGGUGGCACUUCAGAAAUCCCUGGCUGCUGGGGUGAUCAAGGCAACGCCUGAUGAGUCAAUGUCUGGCACCCGUGGUGCCAAGCGACGACCAGAAGCAUCUGGGCCAGAUGGACGCCUCAGUGCAGCUCCUCUCUGCCGCGGCCUAUGCGGAGUUCCGCCAGGCAGUCCAGGCCUCCUGAGUUUCCACCACUCCGUCAACAGGCCUGUUCUACUUCCAUGUGCCCCCGUUGUGUGGGUUUCAGGGGUGAAGUGAAUGUGUGAGAGCGCG